AUGAAGUUGAACUUGGUUCUUAACUUGCAAUUUUGUACUUGGAAUAUAUGUUUGUAUAUACACUUUGUGCUGCUCAUUAGUCGUCAAGGGAAGGUCAGGCUCACAAAAUGGUAUUCACCUUACACUCAGAAGGAAAGAAGUAAGGUAAUCCGUGAGCUCAGCGGAGUGAUUCUUAGUCGUGCUCCCAAGCUAUGUAACUUUGUAGAGUGGAGAGGACAUAAAGUUGUUUAUAAAAGGUAUGCUAGUCUUUAUUUCUGUAUGUGUAUUGAUGAUGCUGACAACGAAUUGGAAGUCCUUGAAAUGAUUCAUCAUUUUGUGGAGAUUCUUGAUCGGUAUUUCGGCAGUGUCUGUGAAUUGGACUUGAUAUUCAACUUCCAUAAGGCCUAUUAUAUACUUGAUGAACUUCUAAUUGCCGGGGAGCUUCAGGAGUCGAGCAAAAAAACUGUUGCCCGUUUGAUAGCUGCACAGGAUUCAUUGGUGGAGACUGCUAAGGAAGAAGCCAGUUCCUUGAGUAAUAUUAUUGCACAAGCCACAAAGAUGAAGAAAGUAGAAGUGGUGUUUAUCCCUUCUCCAGGUGUGGGACAUUUAGUAUCCACCCUUGAGUUCGCUAAGCUUCUUGUCAACCGUGACAACCGUCUCAGUAUAACCGUCUUGGUCAUCAAGUUUCCAAACACAGAUGAAAAAGUACAAACCAUUUCGUCCUCCUUCGACUCAGAAAAUCUCCAUGUCAUUAACCUCCCUGAACGUCCUCAUGUUUCCUCCACUUCUGAUGGAGCUUACUCUGCCAGUGCUCUUGCUGAAAGCCAAAAACCAAACGUUAAAGAAGCUGUUUCCAACAUCAAUGGACAACUUGCUGCUUUCGUUGUUGACAUGUUUUGUACCACCAUGAUUGAUGUUGCCAACGAAUUUGGUGUUCCGUCCCUUCUCUACUUCACUUCUGGUAUUGCUUACCUUGGUUUGGUGCUUCAUCUUCACACACUUUUGGAAAACAACUUAGAAGCGACUCGAUUGUUGUUGCAGCAGGACGAGUUGGACAUCCCGAGUUUCUCUAAACCAGUUCCUACAAACACAUUGCCCACUGUGGUGCUCCGCAAGAAGUGGGAAUCAGCUUUCAUCCACCAUGGCAGAGGACUCAAGAAAGCUAGUGGUAUUAUAGUAAACUCGUUUCAUGAGCUAGAACCACAUGCGGCUCACUCAUUCUUGGAAGACUCGGGUCUACGUGGUUUACCCAUAUAUCCGGUGGGCCCCAUAUUAAACCUUGACACCAAACCCAAGCCUAAUGGUCUUGUUGAUUCUAAUGACACAAUUAAGUGGCUCGAUGACCAACCUCAUUCUUCGGUAAUUUUCAUCUGCUUUGGGAGCACAGGUGCUUUUGAUGAGGAUCAGGUUAGGGAGAUUGCAUGUGCUAUUGAGAAAAGUAGAGCACGCUUCCUGUGGUCCAUUCGGAAACCUCCGCCAAAGGGAACUAUGGGUCCUGUGUCUGAUUAUCCUUUUUCUAAUUUGGUUGCAGUUUUACCUGAAGGAUUCUUAGAUCGAACAGUGGAGAUUGGAAGGGUCAUUGGAUGGGCACCUCAGGUCCAAGUACUCGCCCAUCCAGCCACAGGAGGCUUCGUUUCGCAUUGCGGUUGGAAUUCAACUCUUGAGAGCAUAUAUUAUGGUGUGCCUAUUGCCACUUGGCCACUCUUAGCUGAGCAACAGACCAAUGCUUUUGAACUCGUGCGUGAGCUGAAGAUGGGAGUGGAGAUUGCCUUGGAUUAUAGGAUGGAGUAUGAUGUUGGAAGUAACUAUCUUUUAACUGCAGACAAAAUCGAGAGAGGAAUAAGAAGUGUGAUGAAAAAGAAUGGAGAGAUAAGGAAGAAAGUAAAAGAAAUGAGUGAACAAAGUAGGAAGACAUUAUUAGAGGGUGGAUCUUCCUACACUUGUGUAAGUCAUUUGAUUGAUUAUAUUAUUAAUCAAGUAUAA